AUGGAAGAAGAAAGAAGAAAUGAUGUAACCUAUUAUAACAGUAAUAAUAUUCUUGAAAAAAAUGAUAAAUUUUUUAAUUAUUACAUAGGCCAGAAUAUAAUUAACGAAAAUGAGAUUGAUGAAUUUAUGGAAAUAAUAAAUAAAGAAUUGCCCAUUACUUUUAGGGUUUUAAAGAAUAAUAAAUUUAACAAUUUUAUUCAUGAAAAUAUUAAAAAAAAGUUAGAAGGCAUAUGUAAAAAUAAUUACUCUAUAACACAAUUAAAUGAAGAUGAUCAUAUUUAUGAAAUUUAUUUAACAAGAUCACAAAUAAAGAAAGAUGAAAAUUAUAAAAAUUUAUAUAGUUACUUAAUAAAUUUAAAUGAAAGUGGGUAUAUAUUCAGGCAGGAACUAGUAAGUAUGUUACCUGUUUUAUUUUUGAAAUUGCAAGAAAACUUUUUUGUUUUAGACAUGUGUGCUGCUCCGGGAUCAAAAACAGCGCAAAUAGUUGAUUAUAUGCACUUAAUAGCUAAUAAAAAAUAUAAAAACUAUUUAAUAAAUAAAUUUAUUCAAAAUAACCACAGCAAAUUGUAUAAACAUAUUGGGAAGGGUGAUGGUGAAAGUGGUGAAGGUAGUGAAAUUAGUGAAAAUAAAAGCAGCGAAAAUGAUGAAAAUAAUAUCGUUACAAUGCUAAACGAGAGCACUGAUACUUUCCAUAGUGCAAUGGAAAACCAAAAGAAAGAAAUUGACGUUAAAGAUCCAGUAAAUGAAGAAAAUGAAAGCAAAUAUAACAAGGAUAAUGAAGAAGACAUAUACAAAACUUACUAUAAUAUAUUAGAAAACAAUUUGUAUGAUGAUGAAUUUUUUAAGUAUAUUUUAAAUGCUGAUCAUAAUUUAUAUAAUGAAUAUAAAAAGUUAAUAUCAAAUAAUAAUCCUACAGGAGUUGUUGUUGCAAAUGAUGCAAAUUUUAAAAGAUGUUGUAUGUUAUUUCAUCGUUUGAAAAAUAUACAUAGUAAUUGUUUAAUUGUAACAAAUAACAAUGCAGUUAUUUUCCCAUAUUUAUAUUUGAAAAAUAAAUUAGAUAAUAGUUUCGAGAAAAUAUAUUUUGAUUCAGUUUUAUGUGAUGUACCAUGUAGUGGUGAUGGAACAUUACGAAAAGAUCGAAAUAUAUGGAUAAACUGGAAUCCGUUAAAUGCUUAUAAUUUAUUUCAAUUGCAAGUUAAUAUUUUAAAAAGAUCAAUUGAAUUAGUAAAAGAGGGGGGUUAUGUUAUAUAUAGUACUUGCUCAUUAAAUCCUAUUGAAAACGAAGCAGUUAUAUGCGAAGUAUUUAAUUUGUUAAAUAAUGGUGAAUCUUUAAAAUUAAUUAACUUUGAAAAUGAAUUAGUUAAAAAAUUAAAUUAUAGAGAAGGCUUAACAGAAUGGAAACUAUUAAUAGAUGACAAAUGGUUUAAUACUUAUGACGAAUUUAUUGAUUAUUUAAAAAGCAUUCAACCUGAAAAAUUUAAAAAAAUAUAUGAAAAAAUUAAAAAUGGUAUGUUUACUCCUAAUAAAGAAUUUAUGGAAAAAAUUAAUUUAAAAUAUGUUAAAAGAUUUUUUCCACAUCAUUAUAAUGCUGGCGGUUUUUUUAUCGCUUUAAUUGAAAAAUGUGGGCAGGUCCAAUGGAAAGAAAGAAGUAAACAUGAUGUAAUAAAAAAUAUUAUAAAAGCAAAAGGAGCCGAUUUAAAUGAAUUGGAAAAAGAGGCAAUCAUUCAUAGGUAUAAAAAUAAAAAAUACAAAAAAAAAAAAAACAAAAAAAAAAAAAAAAAUGAAAAAAUUAAUAAUAUACACCAUCCCAAUGAAAUUUCUGAAGCAGUCGAAAAAGAACAUAAUGAUAUAAUUCCCCACGAUAAGCAUAUACAAACAGAAAAACAAAUGACAGGAAAUGAUGAAAUAACUAAAAGUUAUAAUAUGGUAGGUAGUGAUGAAUUUAUGAAUGAUUAUAAUAUGGUAAAUCAUUUUGAUAUAAUAAAAAACAACAAAAAUGGAGAAAUGGAUGAAAUAACUGAUAGUUAUAAUGUAGUAGGAAGUAGCAACAUAUUAAGGGCAAGUAUUCUGACUCAAAACCCGAGUUCAUCAGGAUAUGAUAUCAUAGAAUUGAUAAAUAAAAAGAGUGAAGAAAAAUUGAACAAUUACAUAGGUAAUAACGUUGCCAACGAAAAUGUAAAUGAAAAAGACUUUGAAGAAAUGGAAAAAAAUGAGGAAGAACAGAAAGAAGAAAGCGAGGAGGAAGAAUGGGAAGAAGUUGGAAAAAUGGAAAACAUGAAAAAUGUUGAAGAAGAGAAGGAUAUAAUUGUAAACAUUGAUAAAGAACGAUACACAAAUUACGAAUAUAAAGAUGAAUUCAAUUUGUGUGUUGGCUCUGAACGAUUGAAAAAACAACAGGAAUAUAUACCUCUAAAUUACUACGAAAGUUUAUUAAAAUCAAAUGAUUUAUUAAAUAAAAUAAAAACGUAUUUUAAUUUAAAUGAUGACUUUUUAUCAAUAAAAGAUAAUUUAUAUAUUCAUUUGAAAGAUGAUAAUAAUUCUAGUAAAUUAGGAAUUAAUGACAGAAUAAAUUCGAAUAUUAAAAAAAUAAAUUUUGUUAGUAACAAUACUAAAAAUGUUUUGGAAAGUUAUACCAAAAUAAAAUUAAAAAUUAUCAGUGCGGGAAUAACAGUAAUUCAAGUGGAUAAAAAUAAAAAAAAUAAUGUAGAAAAUUAUUAUAGGAUUAAUUAUAGUGGAUGCAUAAAUUUUAUGAAUUUUUUUAAAAAUAUAGAUGAUUUUUUAUUAAAUACAAAAUAUAGGCAAGAUAUUAUUAAAAAUUUUUUUUCUACUGUUUAUGAAAAUAAGGAAAGAGUAUUUGAUUUUGAUUCAUAUAUGAAUAAAUUAAUAGGUGAAAGAAAAAGCGUGAUGCAAAAAAGUAGUUCAAAUAAAAAUGGAAAAGAAACAAAAGAUGAAUUAGAUGAAAACGUAUUAUGUAAAAAAGAAACUGAAAAUGUUGCCCCUAUUUCUAAGGACGAUAAAAAUGAAACAAGUCAUAACAAUAUUGGCCAAGAAAAUAAUUUUACAACUGAUAUGGAAAAUAAUAGCACACUUGGUGAUACAAACAUUAUAUGGGUCAAAAGUGAUGUCAUAUUGGAUCUAAUAAAAGUAGAUAAAUCUAAAAUAAAUAGCAUAACUAAUGAGACAAUAAAACAAACUGAGCAACUAAAUAAAUAUUCACCUAAUGUAUUAUUGACACUGAAUAAAAAUAAACAAAUUCUAGCUAUCCCAUCGAACAAAGGAAAUAUUUACGUGGAUAUUACAAUUGAUAAAAAUUCCAUUAUGAUGCUUCCCUACAUAUUAAACUAA